AUGUUUCCCAAAUUAGCAUUUGCACUUCUUGCCAUUGAGGCAUCCGCGCAAACUAUAACAUCUACAGCCACCACCACAGCUACCUCAACCCUACCCACGCUUCAAUCGGACUGGUACUUCAUCCGCGCCGUCGAAACGCCCUACUACCACAGCUACCUCCAGACCAUCCCAAGCGCCACACCUGGGCCUGCCCAUCUAGCCACUAACACAAAUGCUGGUCAGUUCAAUAUUGUCUCAGGCCAGCUUGUUUACAAUACCGGCACCGAGCAACUUUACAUGAACGUAGAGGAUCCUGCAAACAAAACACAACGAGCUUUACAAACCUGGUUCAAUGAAACUGAGAACGUAUAUGGAACCUUUGCCUUUCAAGGAGACGCGGUUACCUGGACGGCAGAGGAUAUUGAUCGGCAGAAUACCGCUGCGUGGUUUGUUUGUGGGGAGGAUACGCUGUAUAUAAACACGGGGGCUUAUGGAUAUGAAACACCUGAAGGGUGCUAUGAUCAAACGAUCCAUUCGUAUGGAGGGUCGACGCCAACGGUUUGA